AUGCAACAACAAACCUGUUCCUGUCGCACCUUCUUUCUGGAUUCUAUUUCACUCCAACAGUUGAUGUUCAAACCAUUGAAUUGUUUAUCUGUUUCCAGGAUGCCUUUUCCUUGCCUACAUUCUUUUACCGAUGCUCUGAAAGGACAAUUUCUUGAUCUUUCCAUGUUACUAUUGUGGCCUGAGAAACGAAUCUCAUUGCCCAUGAUUCCGAUCUGUUGCUACUUGCCAACAUCUUCACUUGGUGUCUUCGCACAGAUUUCUGGACCAGAAAUUUUAUUUAUUGAAUAUCUUGUGAUUGCUAUUGCUACAUUACCAUGUGUGCUAUAUCCUCUGAUAGCAAUCUAUUAUGUUCCGACCUACAGAACAUGGGUAAUGAAGAGGCUGUGCCUUAGAAGGGUAGAAAGGCCAAGCUCGAUAAUCAGCCCACAGGAAGGUACUUCCAAAGUGGUAACAAGGUCAAGGCCUAUUAGAAUUACUUAA